GCAUUCUUCCUCCAGUGCAGUGGCGCACCAAUGGCCAUGCUGGCGCCGGCCAUCCAAGCUGUGGCCGCAUGGCCAUGCCAUGCGGAUGCAGCGGCGCAGCCCAGCCAGCCACGUCGACGUCGAGCCCAGCAGGUGCAGAAGUUCCAGGCGAGGGGAGGAUAUUUGGCAAGUGCGGGAGCCCUGGUGGCUUCUUGCAGAGCCAGGAAGGCACAUUUUCUUCGCUUACGAGCCACAAGCAGCACCAUCCUGAUCGACGAAGCCACAUCCGGAGACCUGCUCCCUGCCGCGGACGUGGCGGUGCGGGCACUGCGCUGGACGGAAGG